AUGCGCCUCUCGCUUGCCAUUGCCACGGUAAUCCUGACCCACGCCUACGCUGGGCCAGGGUACAACCCGAGCGAGCUCGUGGGCAUCUCGGACCCGGUCUUGAUCGCCAAGAUUGAAGGCUACAUGCCACCGAUUUGCUCCAAGUUGUACGGUGACGCCCAGCACUGGUCGCCGUGGAGCAACUGCUCCGCCGAGUGCGGCGUCGGUGAGCAGGUCCGGUUCCUCAACGGCGUCGGCCAGAAGAACAUGGUCACAAACGGCUGCGAAAUCCAGCAGGACAAGCAAAUGUGCCACGGCACGUUGUGUCCCCAAGACUGCCUCUACUCGGAGUUCUCCGAGUGGUCGGCGUGCGACGCGACGACGGGCACGCAAGUGCGGUCGCGCACCGAGGUGACGCCGGCGCUCAACGGCGGCAAGGACUGCCCGACGCUGUGGGGGCCGCCUGCGGAGAAGCGCGACUGCGCUGUUCACUGCGACGGCACGUGGUCCGAGUGGACCGAGUGCAGCGCGACGUCGGCGACCCAGACGCGGGCGUUUGCGGUCACGCAGUACCCGCUCAACGGCGGCAAGGCGUGCCCGGCCAUGGACUCGCAAGAUUGCAACCCGGCGUGCGGCAGCAUCGCGUGGGGGCCAUUCUCGGCGUGCGACCCGGCCACGGGCACGUACGUCCGGAGCCGCCAUGUGCCCAUUGACGCCAACUAUGUGCGUCUCACGGUCGCGCUGCGCCAGAACCAGUGCGCAACCAAGGACAAGCAGGCGUGCAACAUCGACUGCUCGCUCGGUGACUGGAAGGCUACCGGCACGUGCGACGCCAAGACGGGGACCCAGGUGUUUGCCCGUGAAGUGCUCCAGCAGCAAGUCAACUGCGGCAAACCGUGCAACGACGUGGCCCACGAUACGCUCUUGACAAAGACGGAGCCGUGCGCCGUCGACUGCCAGGUCAGCGCGUGGUCCGACUGGGUCUGCGACAAGUCGACGGGCAUGUCGACCCGGUCGCGCUCCGUCACGCAAGACCCGCUCAACGGCGGCGCGGGCUGCGGCGACCUCCAGGAGACGCGCGACUGUCGCUGCACCGACGACAACUGCCCCGAGCCGUGCGAGACGGGUGCGUGGGACGACGGCGAGUGCUCGGCCCAGUCGUGCAUGCAGGUCAGCACCACCACGAUGCUGUACCCGGACCGCGACGCGGGCAAGGUCUGCAACCUCUACAAAACGUCGCCGUGCACGCUCGAUGCGGUCAUGGGUCCGUGGAGCGACUGGGGUGCUUGCGACGACAAGGCGCACCAGACGCGCACCCGCGACAUUGUGAGCCCUGCGUGCAACGGCGGCAAGGUCGCGGGCGCGACGUCCCAGACGCGCAGCUGCCAAGCGAUCUGCGACGAGGCGCACAACCCGUGGAACUCGUGGGGCAAGUGCGACCAGACGACGGCGACGCAAGUGCGCACGCGUGCGAUCGUGAACCCGCCGACGCCCGACCAGCAGCCGUGCUCGACGUCGCAGACGCAGAGCUGCGCCGUCAACUGCGAGAUGGACAACUGGGGUGAAUGGAGCAAGUGCGACGAGUGCACCGGUGUCCAGACCCGCACCCGCAAGGUCCUCAUCCCCGAGCAGAACGGCGGCAACCAGUGCCCGGCGACCACCGACAGCCAGACGUGCGCCGUGACGUGUUUGGCGAGCGAGUGGAGCCCGUGGGGUGCGCCGGACGACACGUGCACGUGCAAGCGUACCCGCACGGAGAUUGCGCCGGCCAUCAACGGCGGUACGUGCCUUCUCGAGCAGGCCGACGCGACGUGCACGCAAAACUGCCAAGUCAGCGACUGGAGCGUCCCCGGCGAGUGCUUCAAGAGCGGUCCCAACGCCGGCCAGCAGCUCUCGACGCGGUCGGUGACCAAGCAGCAGUGCAACGGCGGCGCGGCGUGCCCCAGCGACCUCGAACAGUACACGCCCUGCAACGUCGACUGCGUCCUCAGCGACUGGUCGGACUGGGGUGUCUGCGACUUGAAGACGCAGCAGCAGACGCGCACGCGCACGGUGCUGCAGUCGGCCUACAACAACGGCGCCAAGUGUGACGUGACGGUCGACUUCCGGGCCUGCGGCUCGUGUGCCGACAUUGUCUCGGCCUUUACGUACUCGAACUGCGACGCGACGACGGGGACUCGCACCGGCUCGGCCACGUACCUCUACACUCCCCAGAACGGCCUCACGUGCAACCUCGCCGUGAUCGAGCAGUGUACCGUCCACUGCGUCGUCUCCGAGUGGAACCAAGGCCAGUGCGCCGUGCGCGGCGAGCUCGCGGGUCAGCAGAAAUGGACCCGCUCCGUCGUCACGGCGGCGCUCAACGGCGGUCAUCCGUGCGGCGACCUCACCAAGUACGAGCCAUGUGUCGUCGACUGCAUGCCGGGCGACACGUGGGGCGCGUGGUCCGACUGCAACGCGCGGGGCUUCUCGCGCCGCACCAUCAACGUCGACUACCCGGCGCAGAACGGCGGUCGCAACGACGAGUGCUUGGUCGUAGAGGAAAAGACGUGCGCGGUCGACUGUGUCAUCGACCUUGCCACGGGCGACGUCACGCAGCCGUCGCUCAACGGCGGCUUGACGUGCUACGAGGUCGCGCAGGAGUUGGGUCUUCCGGGCAGCUACCCGAACGAAUCGGGCACGAGCAGCGUCUCGUUCCUGACGACGCUCGCCAGCAACAAGUCGUAUGCGCUCGCGGCCGCGGCCACGGGUGGCGUCGGCGUCAUGUUCCUCGUCGGCUUCUUUACGACGCGCCAGCGCAACGGGUACCGCUCCAUCUCGCGCGUCGCCUUGUAA